UGUGCGCUAUGCUCACGGAAUCAAGUUCAGUUUGAACCAGACAUUCGAUGUGGUUGCAUGUGUCCGGGAAAUAUCAACAAUGAAGUACGCUAAUCUUGUGAUUAUUUGCGCCAGCCUGGUGUUCUCCCAACUGGAGAUGGGAGCAGCCAGAGCUACUGAUCGUGGAAUCCACCCUUCUCUGUACUCCAAGGCCCGUGUAUGGAACUUGACCGAGGAUAUAUUAAAUGAAAUGUGGCGCACCAAAUCGCCGUAUAUUGUCACAACGAAAAAAAAUUCCGGUGAGGUGAUUACGGAAACCUUCGAACUAAGUCCCAAUGGAAGAAACAUUUUAAGGAGCACGGAAAUACGACGUGGAAGGACAUAUCCGGCAGUGGGAGCAUCUGCCGCCACACAAGCUCAAGAAAAUGCGGAAUUUGUAUCAAACCAGCUACGUCGACUGGCCAGUGUCUUCAAUAAUCCCUUCCUCAAUCCAGUGGGAUAUGGUUUCCCCGACUUUAACAUCUUUAAAAACUUUGUUCCUUUCGGACCCAAUCAGUUUAUCCCGCAAAUUCCCGGUCUACCUUGUAAUUGCCAGAGACCAAACGAACCAAACCCGGAAUAUAGUCCUCCUCAAGAUGAUCCCAUAAAUAUUCCGAGCCGUGACCCUCUAUAUAUUCCACCCCGCGAAGAUCCCAGUUUGGGUGGACGCAAUCCGGAGUACCUUCCCCCUCAAAAUGUGCCCAACACAUAUGAACGUAAUCCGAAUAGACCCGAUGUUAUUGACCAAUGGAUGCCAAACCCAGUUACUACUCCUCGAUCUUUGGUUCCCCGUCCCACGCUGGCACCCCCAAAUUUCGACGAUUCGAAUCCCCUGUGGGUGCCGUCACCAGAUCCAACUUUAACGGAGCGAACCUUAGUACCCCUGCCCACACUGGCUCCCAAGACAAAUGGAACUGACACGGUCAUCGAUGAUUUUCUGUCAAAGGUGGACAUCACCGUCGCAGACAUAAAGGAGGAGGAUGGGGAACUGGUCACCAAGAUCGUGGAUAAGCAAGGCAGAGUUCUGAAUGUCAGUUUUGCCUUGAGCAAUGACAAAGGUCGAGAGGGUAGUCCCAACUAAUGUUUGUAUGACAAAGUGUACAUCUAUUAAAUAAUUAUGAUAUAGUUCGAGAAAAAAAUGAGUUUAAAGAAUACUUGCAAUGGAUUCCAAACUGUCUAUUGUUAACGUAUUGCAAAUAAACUCUUAAAAUAUUUUUUAAAAACAUUUUUAAAUUCAAAUGUUUUAAAUGUUUAGGUAUUUGUAGACCCCAUCAAUUUUACAGAAAAAUUAAACAUUUAUUACCCGA